UGCGAUACAGCCACACCGCUUCAUGCCGAAGUCAAACGGUCAAAUGCUGACGCUUCGACUGCGAGUAGUCCCGCAAAGUGAGCUAACCAACUUGGCCCCACGAUGAAUCGUAGGCUGACGUGUUACAGUGUGGAGAAGGACCAAGGUAUGCACUAGCUCCUGAGCGUUAGAGUCUAUCCGGGGUGCCUAAUGACCAUCUGCUGGUAGGCGCGACGGACCUAACUCUUCAGUAGGUCUACCGUUUCGUGGGUGUUCCGAUCGCAUUCACUCAUUCACUUGCAGCGCUCCUAUGCUCCCUACCAAAGAUGGGGACUCUUCGCAGGCACCCGCUACGUUCGCGCUGCAGGAAGAUCUCCACCCCGAGAACGACUUCCGCCUCUUCGCACUAAUCGUGGCUAUUGAUAACUAUAAGAAUGACGCCAUCUUCAAUCUGUCUGGAUGCGUCAACGAUGGCAACGACUUCAGAGCUUUCCUCACCGAUACGCUCCAUGUCCUGCCACAUCGAAUCCUCUCCUUGUCGAACGAAAACGCAACACGCGAUGCGAUCAUCGGGGCGUUCGUUGGUCACUUCAUCCAGAACCCCGCCAUUCGCAACGGAGAUGCGAUGGUCUUUUUCUAUGCUGGCCACGGUGCUCGCGUCGAGGCUCCCGCCGACUGGCUUGCGGAUGGUGACAAGAUCGAAACGAUCGUCGCUCACGACGAGGGACCAAGUGAUGCCGAAGGCGAGGUCAUUUAUGGGAUUCCGGACCGCACAUUCGACGGGCUGAUGCGCCAGCUCGCCCAUGAGAAGGGAGACAACAUUACCGCGAUCUUCGACUCGUGCCAUUCUGGUGGCAUGGCGCGGGCUGCCCUAGACAUGGUGGCUCGUGCAGUUCCUCCCCACGUCUCGCCAUCUCCGGUUCCUUCGACACUAGACCAGGACAUCUGGAGAUGGGGGCUAUCAACACGUUCUGCGGCCACGGUGGUGCCGACAGGCUUCCUCUACAAAGCUAUGCAAUCCCACGUGCUCAUGGCCGCGUGUCGUCCGGACGAGCAGGCUCUCGAGGCCGCGAGGGUUCCUGAGCCGCGCGGUGCUUUCACCGUUCAACUCCUCAAGUUACUGCGCUCCCACAAUCUCGCUGAGUUGACAUAUGCACGCCUCAUAGAGCUGGUGCAGCUACGGCACCAGCAUCCACAAUGCGAAGGGAUCAACAAAAACAGGAUCAUCUUCGAUGCAACCAAGCUUGUCGACCGGGCGCACUCGUUCCGCGUGACGACAAGCGCCACAUCGUUGCUCGUAGAGGCGGGGAGUAUUCACGGCAUCGUUGAGGGUACCGAGUUCACCGCGGAGCCCAGCUCUGGCGUGCCGCUUGACUUCGCCCAGAAUGCCGUUUUCCUUGCGACACGCGUCGACGCUCUGCAGUCCGCUCUCACAUGUGAAUCCUCAGUUCCGUUCCCUGAAACACUACGCGAUUUCCGAGUUGUCGUGUCCAAGUGGAACUCGUCGACGAUGAAGACCCGAUUGCAUUACUCUGCGGGCAGCCACUGCUCCGUUGUCGGACCCAACGACUACAGUGAUGUGACCGUGCAUCUGGGUACUGCGAAUGGCUGGCAACUCGAACGCCGUGACCCGCUCGUGGCCAGACACGCCAGCCGUGUGCUCACCAUCCCUCGUGGGGAUGUCUCGGAGAUAUUGGAUGCCGUCGCCCGCUUCAACUUCAACCUGUACAGACAUAACUUGAAAGCGCCUCUCAGAAACGACCUCGCCGUAGAGCUUCACCAAUUGGAGGUGAUCCCAGGAACCAGUCUUAGGCCCACAUUGCGCCCCAUGGGCGACGACUACUUCGACUCGGCACCGGAGCCAGUGUUGUGUGCGGAAGGUUCGUCUUUUGACGUGGGACCCGUGCAGGAGGCCAUUAUCACGGACAUGGAGCCCUAUUACGGGCUCACUCUGGUCAAUAAGUCAAAUCACGAUCUCUUUCCGUAUGUGUUCUACUUCGAUCCAAAUGAGUACAGUGUCCAGUCUUGGUACCUGCCACCUUCGCCGAACAUGGCGCCGCCUCUCCCCAAGGAGGGUAGGCUCCCCAUUGGCUACGGUAGCAGUGGAACCGAUAGCUUACGGUUUUCCCUACCGUCGGGGGCCAAGGUUGAUUCUGGCUUUCUGAAAGUCUUCGUGUCGUCAGCGUGGGUGGACAUGCGGAGCGUCCAACAAGCAUCGAUAUUCGACAAGGGUCCACGAAGUUCGCAGAAUCGGAAGGAUACAUCAUUCACGGAUCUGUGGGACGAAUCGAUCAGUGUUCUCACCUGCAAAGCAUCAUAUGGAUAAUCUACUUAUGUCAACUGUGUCUUCUACUCUAUUUAAUUCGUGUUAUCCAGGCAUUCAGCAAGCUAGCUUAUGUAUAUGGCUUAAAACCGAGCUCUGACUUCGCGAUUGUACAUGGAUA